AUGGUAGCAGACGCUGAAGGCCAUCGAGUACACGAGCCACGGCGACGUGAGCUCGCUGAUUCAACUUCCGAUGCAGCGAAAAGCCCAUUGCUUCGAAGGCACUUUCGCACGAAGUUGCUGACGCUGGCGACAUCAGAUUGCCAGCUUCAGUAUACGGAAUGGCUCGAGUUUGCUCUCAUGGACAAUGAACUGGCUCAGUUGAUGCAAUGGGACACGACCAGGCGUCGCUCCGGCGGUAUGCUGCGUAUGAAGACGCGCUCCGUCAGUUUUUGGAGCAUGACUCCGAUCCAACCAGCACUGAGCAGAGCGUCAUCCGAUUCACUGUUGCAGCGACAGCCUUCUGUGAAGAGGGUGUCGAAAACCAGCGAAAGAGAAGUCGAGGAACGCCCAGAGCAGACACGAGUUCAUGGGCAGAACGAGGAUGCCAACAACUUCGGAGUCUCCUCUGCGCCAUUUCUGAAGAGUCCUGGUUCAAGUGUAAAUGGGAGGCGGCAAGUCACACUGCUCUCGAGGAAGAUGAACAAGAAGUUUAAGGCGUGCUGGCCGCCAGCUGAGUCAGAGGCAUUGGUCCGAAACCCGUUCGAGGAGCCUUCAGCUAACACCGGGAUACCGUACGUGUUUUGGUGUCAGUGCACGAUCAGCUGA